GUAUGGGUUAUAGCCUUUUGGCUCAAGUAAAGCCUGUCUUUUGUCUCUAUUCAUCAUUCUUUCCUAUAUUAAUAUAUUCAUUGAUGGGAACUUCCAGACAUUGUUCAGUAGGCACAUUCGCGGCACUGGCCAUAAUGACCGGGGCCAUCAUAAACCAGGUUCGCGAGAGUGAAAGCACCCACCCUAUGCAAUCAGGUGUACCGGUACACCUCAGGAACACCACUACCACACCUCAUGAACACCACUAUAGUAACGCUGAGAUCGCUAUUGUCUGCUCAUUCAUCGUCGGAUGCUAUCAAUUGAUAUUCGGCUUUCUACGGUUGGGCUUUGUGUCGGUGUAUAUGUCGGAGCAGUUUCUCAAUGGGUUCACGUGUGCGGUGGCCUACCAUGUGGUGGGCUCACAGUUUCAGCACAUGUUCGGCAUCGACACCAAAAGCCGUUCGGGAGUGUUCUCCCUCUCCCGUGAGUGCAUUGAUGUCAUCGCAAACAUAUCGCACACUAAUAUCGUGGCACUCAUGCUGUCCGUCGUCUGUACACUCAUUUUGUUGGCGUUUAAGUGCUAUUUAAACGAUGUGAUCAAGGACAAGUUCAAAAUUAAAGUGCCAUUUCCAAUUGAGAUAUUCGUGGUGAUAGGAUCGGUGAUAGCAUCCAAUUUACUAGACUUGGAGCACAAACAUAAAAUCAAAGUGGUCGGCCAUAUAGAGCGCGGCCUACCCUCACCAGUGGCUCCGUGGGACUACUGGCCCCUCGUCCAGAAGGUAUGGGUGUCGUGUGUGGGCGUGUCGGUGGUGUCCUAUGCC